AUGGGCAGCACCAACUGUGUACAAAAAAAUAAAAAUAAAGUAAGGGUCUGCGCUGAUUUUCCGACAGGAUUUAAUGAACGUCUGAAAACUUAUAACUAUCCAUUACCAAGUCCAGAGGAGAUUUUUGCAAAGCUUAAUGGAGGCAAACUCUUUUCUAAAUUGGAUUUAUCGGAAGCGUAUUUACAGUUGCAGGUAGACGAAGAAUGUUCCAAGCUGUUAAUCAUAAGCACACACAAAGGGUUGUACAAAUUUAACCGCCUUGCUUUUGGAAUAAAAGUCGCAAUUUUUCAACAAGCUAUGGAUACAAUGUUAGCAGACUGUGAAUUUGCAAUUCCAUACCUGGAUGAUAUAUUAAUUAAAAGUGAAUCCCACGAUCAGUAUAUCGAGCACAUGAAGUGUGUUUUUGCAAAAAUAAGAGAUUACGGCUUCACAAUAAGUGAGAGAAAAUGUGAAUUUUUCUUAUCAGAAAUUAAGUAUUUUGGACAAAUUAUUGACAGGAACGGAUGA